AUGGGUCGUCUUAUUAAGAACCAUUGGGCUCGGCUCAUCGUUAUGAGUGCGGCAGCUUACCAGUUUGCAGCUGCUCUCGAGGGCUUCUUCUGGCCCAAGAUCUUCUGGGACUUUUUGACCAAAACACUGGACCCAGCUGUCAAACCCGUGCCUGUGUUACAAAUUAUCAAUCUCAUCAUGGCCUUGUUCAUGGUGGCCCUGGAGUGGCCUUUGGGAUUAAUCGCCGGCUCGGCUAUCCACCGCAGUCUUGAGUUCCGCCUCAUCAUCCUCCCUCUCACCACCCUCGCCGCCGCCCUCAUCUACCAGGGUACCAACUCCGCUCUCUACUACAUUGUCGGGCUAGUCGUUUACUUUUGGGCCUACAGCGAAGGAGAGAUUAUCUGCGCUAAGCCCUGGACACUUCCUCAAAGAGGCCGCAACGGCCCUCGCGUGUAA